GGCAGCCUACACAGUUGCCACGCUGGUCUUAUAAACUUCUGCGUUUCAUACUUUUCUGUCAACAAACUCGCAAAGAAAUUUCUUGAACCAUGUCCGGGCGACACAACAACAAACUGCCGAACAAUCUGCCACAACUGCAGAAUCUUAUAAAGAGAGAUCCUCAUUCGUACCUAGAUGAGUUUCAGCAGCAGUACAGACACUACCAGUCCAAUGUGCAGAUCUUCAAACUGCAGCCUGACAAGCCGAACAAGGAGCUGGCUGAUCUGGUCAUGUUUCUCGCUCAGAUUGGUCACUGCUACAAGCAGGAGCUGUCCACCUUUCCACAAGAGCUGACUGGGUUAUUAAUGAAUCACCACACAAUGCUAGAGCCAGACCUGAGAAUGACUUUCUGCAAAGCGCUGAUUCUUCUGAGGAAUAAAAAUCUGAUCGACCCCACCGCCCUCCUGGAGCUCUUCUUUGAGCUGCUGCGAUGUCACGACAAACUUCUCAGAAAGACACUGUACACACACAUUGUAGCAGAUAUCAAAAACAUCAAUGCCAAGCACAAAAACAACAAGGUUAACACGACGUUACAGAAUUUCAUGUACACCAUGCUCAGAGACAGUAAUCCCAUGGCAGCGAAGAUCUCUUUAGAUGUAAUGGUGGAGCUGUACAAAAGGAACAUAUGGAAUGAUGCCAAAACAGUUAAUGUCAUCACAACAGCGUGUUUCUCCAAGGUGACAAAGAUCCUCGUUGCCGGUCUUAAAUUCUUUCUGGGCAAAGAUGAAGAUGAGAAAAAUGAGGGUGAUUCAGACUCAGAGGCGGAGGGACCAUCGGUCCGAGACCUGAAGGUGAGAUACGCCACUAACAAGAAAACCUCCAAAAGCAAGAAGAAGCUGGAAAAGGCGAUGAAAGUCCUCAAGAAACACAAAUCAAAGAAGAAGGUAGAAGUGUUCAAUUUCUCUGCUAUACACCUAAUUCACGAUCCUCAAGAUUUCUCAGAGAAACUCUUGAAGCAAUUGGAAGCCUCUAAAGAGCGCUUCGAGGUGAAGAUCAUGAUGAUGGAGUUCAUAUCCAGACUGGUUGGAAUCCAUGAGCUCUUCCUCUUCAAUUUUUAUCCCUUCGUCCAGAGGUUUCUACAGCCCCAUCAAAGAGAGGUGACAAAGAUUCUCCUGUGUGCUGCCCAGGCUUCCCAUCAACUCGUCCCACCAGAGGUCAUUGAGCCUGUAAUCAUGACCAUCGCCAACAACUUUGUGACAGACAGAAACUCUGGGGAGGUUAUGACUGUGGGUAUCAACUCCAUCAAGGAAGUGGCAGGCCGCUGUCCGCUCGCCCUCAAUGAAGACUUGCUGCAGGACCUGGUCCAGUACAAGACCCACAAAGACAAGAAUGUGAUGAUGUCUGCCAAAGGACUGAUCCAGCUGUUCAGGAGUCUUAAUCCACACAUGCUGCACAAGAGGGACAGGGGGAGACCCACAGAGGCGUCAGUUGAGGCCAAGAUCAGAGACUACGGAGAGCUCGAGGCUAAAGAUUAUAUCCCUGGAGCUGAAGUCCUGGAGGUGGAGGAGGAGGAGGGGAAGAAAGAGGGAGAGGAAGACCAAGACGGCUGGGAGAGCGCCAGUAUGAGUGAUGGCGGUGAAGAUGGGGAGUGGGUGGACGUUCACCACUCGUCUGAUGAAGACACAGGAGAAGUGGCGGAGAAGCUUCAGAGUAUGCCAGCUGAGGAAAGAAAAGCCAAAGCGGCGGCGGUCAGCGGCAGCAGGCUCCUCACUCAAGAUGAGUUCAAGAAGAUCCGUCUGGUCCAGCUGACCAAGGAGGUCAACGCUGCGCCGGGCCAGAAGAGGAAAAACGUGGACCUCGACGAGGAGGACGACAACAGAGGGGAGCUGCUGACCUUGAGGAAUAUUGAGAAACUGCAUAAGAAACCAAAGUCAGACAAGGAAACACGCCUGGCAACAGCAAUGGCGGGACGGACCGACCGGAAGGACUUUGUCAGGAAGCACACCAAGCUGAACCCGUUCGCCAGCACCAGCAACAGGGAGAAGAGGAAGACGAAGAACUUCAUGAUGAUGAGACACAGUGAGAAUGUCAGAACCAAAGGCAAACGCUCCUUCAGAGAGAAACAGAUUGCUCUACGGGACGCACUCCUGAAAAAGAAGAAGCAGCACCAUUAGGACACAUGGACAUAGUGUUAUAUUUGCUUUGUGCUGCUGGCCAUCCGAUGGCCAUCACAGACGAUGUCAAUUAAUAUUGUACGUCCUUUAAGUAGCCUGUAAAAAAUGUAUUUUCAGCGGAUGAACUGUACACAUUUACACUGUUCUGAAAUAAAUAAUCUUUUCUGUAUGGGUA